AUGGCAACCACGAGGCCUUCAAACGGCGGAGCAGAGGCUAUCGAGAAGAAGAGGAAGAGAAAGAGAGGGAAGGAGUCCGUUGAAGCUCAGACAUUCGACGAGACUCCGGCCACGGAAAUCGCAGCACAGCUUUUCGAGCUCACAGAUCAGUGUCACCACUACACUGCUCGGAAGCAAAUUGAAUACGAUAUUCAAAAGUACUGGGAUCAGAGAUACAGUAUCUGGUCCCUCUACGACGAGGGCAUCUACAUGACCGACGAUGCCUGGUUCGGCGUGACCCCCGAACCAGUCGCCAACAAAGUCGCCCACGAUUUCGCCAACCUGGCCUCCGCCUCACGCACAGUGCUCAUUGACAUCUUCGCCGGCGCAGGCGGGAACGUCAUCGCGUUCGCCCUGUCGAACCGCUGGUCGAGCAUCGUCGCGAUCGAGAAGGACCCGGCCGUCAUCGCGUGCGCGUACCGCAACGCGCAGAUCUACGGGGUAGCGGACAAGAUCACGUGGGUCAACGACGACUCGUUCGCCUAUCUCCAGGCCAAUUCCUCCCCCUCCUCCUCCUCCUCCUUCAUCGACGCCUCCAAGACGGCGAUAUUCGCCUCCCCGCCGUGGGGAGGCCCCGGAUACCGAGACGAUGAGAUCUUCGACCUGGACAAGAUGCAGCCCUACUCUGUGCAGCGGAUCCACGACGCCGUCCGGAGCAUGGAUUCGGCGCUGUACCUGCCCCGGCAGAGCGAUGUGAGACAGUUGGCGCGGUUGGCGCCCGAGGGGGGGAAGAAGAUUGAGAUUGUGCAGUACUGCAUGAUGGGCGCCUCGAAGGCCAUGGUCGCGUAUAUACCGUCCAGUGCACCUACUACCCCUGCAGAAUAG